AGAGUCGGCAAGCAGCCUAUCUCUCAGAAGAAAAGAGCAAGCCUCGCAGCACAGGAACUGGCUUCACUCAAGUGUGCAGUUUAGAAGUCAAAAAACUAUUCCAAAUACAACCAUUUUGGAGGAGGCUGAAGAAAAAGGACACAAAACUGGCUUUAACACCAUGAAGAAUAUGGUAAAUCAGGGUACAAAGCGCACCUAAUUGCUGUUUGAGAGUGGGCUCUGAAGUACAAAUUUGGUUUUGCUUUUCAGCUGGAUUUUCAAUGUAUGCCUACGCCGGACUUCCUAUGGAACUGAAAACAAAACACUUCAGCAUUCGGAGUAAUUCUGGUAUGUUUUUCUACAUCAUGCUAGUGGCAAAAAUACAGUCGACAAAAGAUUCUGCUCCUUCAACUUCUGGCGUGGCCAGCUGAGGAAUAUAAAGCCUGAUGGUGACAAAGGGUGAUAAUUCCCUAUUUUCCACUUUUUAUCUCACCGGUUUUGGACUUAGCAAUGGAUUUUCUUUGUGAUGAGGAGAGCUCGGUGAACCCAACUGCAAACACCUUAAUGCAAAUAAGUCAUGAGAGAAGACCCUACAGAAAUGUUUACGGAGCUGGAGAGAUUAAUGUAUCACAUCUCUUCAACUUGACUGUGGACUCUGAAAACCUAACCAAUCUUUCAUGUGAAAGUAACAUGAGUCCACCGUGCUACUCUUCCCUGCUUCAGCUUUCACAGAAAAACUGGCCAGCUUUGCUGACAGUGAUAGUGAUUGUUUUAACCAUUGCUGGAAAUAUUCUUGUCAUCAUGGCUGUAUCACUGGAGAAAAAACUACAGAACGCCACUAACUAUUUUCUAAUGUCACUUGCAAUAGCUGAUAUGCUGCUGGGUUUCCUUGUCAUGCCCGUGUCAAUGUUAACCAUACUGUACGGAUACACAUGGCCUCUACCUACAAAGCUCUGUGCCAUUUGGAUCUACUUGGACGUGCUUUUCUCCACGGCCUCCAUCAUGCACCUCUGUGCCAUCUCACUGGAUCGCUAUAUUGCCAUUCGAAACCCCAUCCAUCACAGCCGGUUUAACUCAAGAACUAAGGCUUUUGUAAAAAUAAUUGCUGUUUGGACCAUAUCAGUCGGUAUCUCCAUGCCUAUACCUGUCUUUGGACUACAAGAUGACUCCAAAGUGUUUAAGAAAGGCAGCUGCUUACUUGUGGAUGACAAUUUUGUCCUAGUAGGCUCUUUUGUGGCAUUCUUCAUCCCUCUAACCAUCAUGGUGGUCACCUACUUUUUAACUAUCAAGUCGCUGCAGAAGGAAGCUAUGCUAUGUGUGAAUGACAUUGGCCCAAAGACCAAGUUUGCUUCAUUUAGCUUCCUCCCUCAGAGUUCCCUGUCCUCGGAGAAACUCUUUCAGCGUUCUUUGAACAGAGACAUGGCGACUUCUGGGAGGAGAACCAUGCAAUCCAUCAGCAACGAGCAGAAGGCUUCCAAGGUUCUUGGCAUUGUCUUCUUUCUGUUUGUUGUGAUGUGGUGCCCAUUUUUCAUCACCAAUGUGAUGGCUGUUAUUUGCAAAGAGUCGUGCAAUCAAGAAGUCAUUGGAGGACUACUUAACGUAUUUGUUUGGAUUGGCUACCUUUCUUCGGCUGUCAACCCACUCGUAUAUACGUUGUUCAAUAAAACCUACCGCUCAGCUUUCUCUCGUUACAUUCAGUGUCGCUACAAGGAGGAGAAGAAACCUUUUCAGCUGAUUUUAGUGAACACUAUCCCAGCACUUGCAUAUAAUUCCAGCCAGCUCCAGCUAGCACAAAUGAAGAGUUUGAAAAAGGAGGCAAAAAUGAUGGCUAAGGAUUAUUCAAUGGUCACAAUAGGAAUACAUCAUUUGGAUGGUACCUCCAAGGGAAGUAUCAGCCCAGCGAACGAAAAGGUUAGCGGUGUGUGACAGUCGGCAGCUGCCAUGACAACCACCGUGCGUACGCUGAAAAUUUCACCUGGCUGUGAGAAGCACUGAUAGCUUAGGAAAAUCAGCCCUGUUCCAGAGACCCUCCAAUAACAUCAUAUACUCCUCAUAUUAUCCUGUGGAUGAAAAGCGGGGUUGAAAUGGUAUCAAAUGUGCAAUUUUUUUUCAUACAGUACUUUGGCUGUUUUAAGCACAGGCUUUAUUAAACUUAUUUUUUUAAUAUUCUAAAGGAUAUAUUUCUUAAAGAAAAAAAAAGCAAUUUCUGGUAUUAUAACACGGGCUGUGAAGAAACCCUACGCAUUUCCUUUCUCUUUGCAAAUGAAAGCUAAGCUGUCCUUUGAUGUCCUCGCAGAGUAGGCUGCAGCUAGUUUGUCUUGCUACAAUGGAAUUUUGUUAUCGUUAACUGAAUGAGCACUUUAAGGAAUUUUAAAUAAAAUUAUGGUUAAUUUGCUAAUAUAUAUUUAAAAUAAAUUUUAAAGUCUUAAAGAAAAAUCUAUUAAAACCUGUAUAGAUAAAUUAUAUGGACAUUUUGGUAGCAGUGUUUUUAUGGGUAUUUUUUUCUUCUGCGUGACCAUUCUGAAAUGUUACUUUUCUGCCAUUCGUUCUAUAGUUCAAAUUAGCAGUCUUCAGAGGUAAAUUAUACUUGAAUGAUCCUUUUUUUCUACCACCAUUUGUAAUCUUUAUUUCAUGUCUUGUACUUUAUUGCCAUUCAAAAAAUUUCAUCUGUUCAGCUUAAAACUUGAAAGUGAUUUUUUUUCGAAAGUAUUUAUUGGGCUUGAUUCCCCGCUCCUUCCCACUGGUGUUGACAGGGAAAUGAAGUGAGAGAAGAGUGGAAAAUCAGGCAUGACAUUGCUAAAUAAUUUCAGGAACGAUUCCACAUCCAUGCCUCUGUUGGAUUCCAACAAAGUCUGAUUUAAAUAAUGUCAGUGGAAGUUUUGCAUGAGUAAAGCCUUCAGUAAAAGGCUGCAGAAAAUCCUCUCUCAUCAUUUCUCUUUGGUUAAAAAGGCCAUUAUGAAGAUGUCCUUCUGAUUUUGUUUUAAGGCUUGUAAAGCCGGAAUUAUUAGAAAACUGUUAGUUGGUCAAAAUUGUUUUCCCUGGUUUCACUGUUUUGCUGUUAUGGUAGAUUGCUCAGGAACGGUAGGUAGCUUGCACUAUUAGGACUCAGCCUUAAUGAAAUUUAUAUGGGCAAACAGGGCCCACUUGAAAAAUAACAGGACUUAUAAGCAGCACUGUAUUUCACCUGCACAGCUCCAAGGGCAGAAUACGUUACAUAAAGAACAUCAGAUACACUGCUUGACAGAAAUGCCUAGUCAUGAACUGUUUCCUUUCGGGCAUCACAGACAAUUUCACUGCAGCCAGUGGGACUCUGCUGGAGAGCAGAAAUAGAAAUGUUGCAUCCACCUGCAAAACCUAAAGCCAAGCAUUUGAUUCAUUCCAUGAAUUUUGCAGCCAUAACCAUCAGAAGCAGGAUGUUUUCCAGUUUCAGAUCCUGUCCACUCUGAAAAAACCCACUGCUUACCCAGAAGCCAAACUCCAAUGCCUUCAUCAGUCCUUCCCUUGAAGUUGUUCAGUUUUCACAGACCAAUUAAAUUUCCACUAAGGCAAUGAAAGAGAGAGACACAGAGAAACUUAACCUCAUUCUAGCCUGCCAGCUGUGGGUCUUUGGAAGAGGAAGACAUUUAGCUUAACAUACUGAUCUGUGGUAGGAGAGGACUUAAAACUUGGCUGGGUCUUUGGCUGAUUUCCAAGAAACUGCUUUUAUUGUUCUCUUGCCAGUAUGAUAAGUAAAUCUGCCAGUUUUAGGAGCUCUGCAUGCGUGUGGCGACACUGACUCACUCCACAGCCCUUGGCCUCCAGGCCUGGGUCAAACUGUCAUGCUGUAGCUCUGUGGCAGUGAUGCCAUGCAUGUCAUCCAUCAGCUCAUGGCCAUUAAUGGUUUUCCCCCCAAAACUGGGAAUUUAGGAUCACCUGCUAAAUCCCAUAGUAUAAAUGCUGUGCUCACCAAGGUGGUUUAUAUGGUCGCUCUGGCUCUGGGUGCGCUCGAUAUCCACAACCAAACUGAACAGCUUCAGCAGAAGGACAAAUGAACUCACUGCUCCCACGUCCCUAUGCACACCCCACUCCCGCACAGCCCUGCACGAGGGGUGUGAGUCUUCACCUCCACACAGGCACAGAAGGGAUUCCAGGGGAAAUCUGCUAAAUGUAGCUGAGCAUGAGGACCACUGCAGUAGUAGGAGGGAGCAGUGACUUUCCACUGUUUCCUGACCAAUUUGAUAUAGACCCUAAAUCAGGGGGUUUGAGCUAAGGACAACAGCCAGCUCUUAUCACAGAGGCCAGCCAGGCAAGUGUUGGCACUGAUGGAGCACAAGUGGUCCAGGACAUCCCAUGAAACAGGGUAUUCAGAUACCUCCUGGUGUCCAGAUAUCUCCACUCUGCAACUGGAGUGAUGGUUUUGAGGAUUCGCCCUUGGGAAGGGGCACCCCAGGGAAGAAGGAGGCAGUAAUAAAACCAAAGGUCUUUUGUGAGUAGAGGUCAGAGGCUCAGGAGCUGGCACCAAACCAGAUUGCCUUCACAUGAUGAAUGCUGGCACAGGAUCGAAGGACUCUAACCCUGCGUAGGAGGGGAAACAAAACACCGGUGCUUCCACCAGUGGAGGGAAUUGCCAUGUUUUGUGCAAUUUGUGCCCAUCUUGAGGCAAGCAUCUCUGGCCUUGCAAGAGAAAGAAGCAAGCAGGAUGGACAGCUUGGGUCCUAUUGCCCAUUUGUGCCAGGGAGCAGAGCCAGCCUGCAAACUGUACGAUGCAUAUGGCACCCUGCACUUCUCCGAAGCUCAAUUCCUCCCAAAACUCCAGAGGGUCCGGCUGCCAGUCUGCGCAGUCUCCUUCACCAGCUUGCGCUUGAUAAACUGUUACUGAGCAUUUAGCGUUCACUGCUUAUGCUCUCUGCUUGCCGCCUGCAUUUCACCCACGUGGCAGAGCAAAUCGCAUCCCCCUCCUCGUUUCUCUUCAUUUCACCUUCUGUUCCUCUUUCACAAUGUCAAAUUGCUCAGGUUGCAAAUACUGACGGGGAAUGUUUCACUACAAACAGAGAGGGUCUCAAUUACUUGCUUGAUGUUUCAUUAGAAGUUGACUCCGAACAAUUUUUUUUUCCAGCUUAUUAAAAUAAAACCCAUGUUUUGGACCUAAGAGACUUGACAGCGUUUCUUUAAUUGACAGCUGGAGGUAACAACACUUAUUUUUUGCUUAGAAGCAGGGAUAUCAGAUGCCUGACAUUUUAAUUCUGCAAGCACUCAGAUAGGUGGUUUUAUUGAGUGAUCAGCAGAUUUUGCCUAAGAAGCCUCUCAAAGCCAAGAAUGCGCAGCAGAUAAAGACCAGUAUCUCCAGCUCUUUAUGGACAUCGUUGACAGUUUAGCGAGGCCUGAUUCUGCCACCUUGCACCAAAAUGUUAAUAGAUUUUUGUGUGGUUUGCCUUAGUGAGGAUGCCAGAGUCAGCGUCUGAAUUUGUUCUACCCACCAGGCCAGAUCUGCGGGAGGUCGUUCAUCAGUAGAUAGCAAUUAAUAGAGUCAUUAUACUGCAGACAGAUGACAAAGCUCAGCCGUUUUAAACCAGAAUUUAUAGCACUGGCCCCAUGCUUGGGAUGAACACUACUGUUUAUUAUGACUGGCUUCAGAGCAACACUUCCAUCUUGCGAAAACAUGUGAGCGUUUUCAUUAUGCAUCAGACUGGAAUGGAAACUUUUGUAAUUUUCCAAGCAAAAAAAAAAAGACGACAUUCACACAGACAAGCUCACAGGUUAGGGCCUUCCCCUACCUUAUGGGAAACCUUACAGGAAAAGCAUGCUGAGUCAGUCUGUCACAUCUGCAUCCAAAAACCCCGGGUUGUCUGAAAAAAUGUUUCAAUCAACAAUUUUUCAAGUAGAUCGACAUUUUAUUACUGUUAAGACUGCAUCUGAAAAAUGUCCAAAGACAUGAAGCUCACCAUGUAUCUCCUAAGCUGGUGUGCAUCCUUUAUACACUUCAGGGUAAAAAAAUCCUAUGUAUCUAUCCCAUCCCGCCAACCAUGCACUGUACCUAUGUAA